AAGGAAGGAAGAAGGAAGAAAGAAAGAGUAUUUGUCUUGACACUUCAUCCAUCCCCACGACCCAUGCUCAGGCCAAGAAACCACCCGGCAAACGUCCCGUCCGCUGCAGAACCCGACACUCCCAUGUCCCACUACCCAAGCGGGCAUGUCCACGCCCAUCCAGACGCAGCUGGUGCGACCGUUGGGGCUCAUGUCGAGGCAGAGUAUUUUCCCGACGCUGACCACGAGGCUGGCGCAGGCGAUACCCCGAGAAGAGCGAGCGCUGGUACCGCUGCCGGUGUAGGCAUUGGCGAGAAGCGGAACGUGAAUGAGCGAAAAGGAUUAGCAGGAAGAAGGAAGUUUGGGUUUAGGCUCAAGGGGUUGAUGGGAAGAAAGGGAAAAGGUAGCAAAUUUGGCCUGACACAGAAAGGCUGGAUGCUUGUGACGGCCGUGGUGGGCCUUCUCAUCUUCUUGAAGCUCGUCUUCUCUUCAAAUGGUUCGGAUGGCCAUCACCAGACGUACGAUACUGCGCACCUUAUCCCGCGAGAUUAUCUCAACCACUCUCUUACCGAUCCCGCGCCGUUCGAGUUCUGCCCUGUCUUUGGUCCUGGAGAUGCUAUCGCGGCCAAAAGGGGUCAAUUUGAGCUGUUGAGAAGCCGUCUGCACACUGGUACCGGUGCGCGAGUGCAGAGAAUCCUUCAAAAGGCGAUGAGCGGUGCGCCAAUCACGAUUAGUAUCCUGGGUGGUUCAGUUUCCGCGUGUACUGGUGCGGGAGACGACCCUACACACGAAAAGUGCUACCCCCACCGAGUGUUUGACUGGUGGAACACUGUUUUCCCUCAUCCCGCCAAUGAACUCACUAACGGUGCCACGCCCAAGACCGAUUCUGCGUACUAUGCGUAUUGCAACAGCCACCACUUGCCUGAUAAGACUGAUCUUGUCAUUCUCGAAUUCGACUCUGCUGAUCCCAAUGAUCCCGAGUGGUUGCAGCACUUUGAACUUCUUGUCCGAUCUGUCCUUGUCCGACCCGAGAUGCCUGCAGUGAUCAUUCUUGGUCACUUUAGUUUACAAGUCCAGGCUCAGAACGGUUUUGCUGGUCCUGAGCUUUUGCACAACGUCGUCGGUCAGUUCUACGAUGUUCCGCAUAUCAGUACCAAAGGUGUCUUGUACGAACAUUACCUUGGAACACCCGACAAAGCCCGUUCAGCGUACUAUGUCGACCCGAACCACCCCAACUUUGCUGGGCACGAUCUUAUCGCCGACGUGCUCAUCUCUUACCUCCAAUCCCAAAUCUGUGCUGGCUGGUCAGCCAUCAACGGACAUGGGUACGACGUCCCUGCGCUCGGGACUGAGGGUGACAACACCGUCGCUGGGACACCGUCUUUACUUGGAGGUGUAGGUUUGCGAAAAGGUAUGCCUGGACAGGACCCUGGAGAUGGAUCUUCUAUUGGGUCGUCAUUGUCGGAUAGGUACCAAGGCUUGAGAGUACCUCAGAUCAGGCUUGCGGACAGGCCGCAUGAUGUGCAGGCGUUUAGGGAGAUUGAACCGUUCUGUGUGGCCGCCAGUGAUUUAGUGAACCCCUUGCCGCCGACAUUGUUCUUUGGUAAUGGAUGGGCCACUUAUCACCCGCCAGCCAAGGGCAAUGUCGUCGAAGACAGACAUUACUGGUACGCCGACCGACCUACUGCUCGUCUUCGUAUCCCUCUCAAGCUCGGAGCGGGUGACGUCGGUAUCUACUUCCUUCAGUCACCUCUCGACAAGCCUCUGGGUGUAGUCAAGUGUUGGGUCGACGAUAAUGUGAACGGCGCAAAGGAGUUGCACGGGACAGCAGAGGUGGAGGACGUUAUUGCUACGUUGGUGAUGAUUGACAGGGGUGUAGAGAGGGGCUCGCACUUCGUCGAGUGUGAGCUUCAGGGUGAACCAGGAGGAUCAUCCCCGCCUUUCAAGAUCCUUGGAAUCUUCACGACAUAAACUCGAGGGUCCUUGUGGUAUAUACAUGGGAUAUUUUGUGGAGAGUGGGAUGAUCAUACUAUAUCUUAUUUCUUUCUUUCGUUCUCUUGCGAUGCAUGCUUGUUAUAG